CUAAAACCGAGAACUUUGUUGAUAAUAAAAAAUGUCUGCUUUGUUUUUUUUAAUCAAAAUAAAAUAAAAACACCUGACUCUUGAGGCCUAGAAACAUUAGUCGCCGAUGCAUUUUUCCGGCAAGAUUUCAAAGCCGUCCCUUGCAAAAUAUGUUCAAAAAAAGAAAAUUAAAAUAAAAUAAAAAAUAAAUAAAUAAUGUCUGCGUUCAGAUUCUUCCCUGCUCGGCCUCACCACUGGAGCUUAGUACCCAACUUACCUCUACCGUUUCUGCCCCAAUACGACCAGUUUUACCAGAAACAGCACCUAUCAAUCAAAUCUCAACCGCCUCCUGGCACUCCUCUGCCGCCCUAUCCUCCAAUGCUACUGCCACUAGCACCAAUGGGUUCCAUUAUACGACCUCCGGCAAAAACGCCAACAGGGUCUACGGUCUCUUCGUCUGCCGCGGCGAUGUUUCAAGGUUGCCUCCUUCGCUACUUCAACGCAUCGAUUUUCUCUACCCUGAGUGAAUCGGAGAGCGUGUCAAUGUGGAACGCUCAGAAUGCCACAGAUCCGACCCGAUUCAACGGGGUAGUGGCCAUGGCCAUGAACGAUGCGGUGGCUGAAGCUGUGUCGGCAGCUAAAAGGUUUGCCAGAAAAAAGGCUAAUAUUUCUGCAUUUCAGACCCUGCACAGACUGGUUCAGUGCAGGCCGGACCCAUCAACUUUGGGCUGUAGUAGGUGUCUCCAAGGAGCCAUAGCAUCUCUCCCUAGUUGUUGCUCUGGAAAAUUGCUAACAGGGAGAGGAAGGAAGAAGUAUGAAAUUGUGCAGGGAUAUAAUGCUGUGGCUGAUAUAACCACUAUAGAGUCACUGCAGUAUGAUCUCAACUUGAUUGAAGCUGCAACAAACAACUUCCCAGACAGUAAUAGACUAAGUGAAGGUGGUUUUGGGGUGGUUUACAAGGGUAGAUUUACUAAUGUACAAGAAAUAGCUGUGAAGAGGUUCUGGACGAGGAGUUGAAGAAUUCAAGAAUGAGGUUGUGUUGGUGGCUAGGCUUCAGCACAGAAAUCUAGAGAGGCUAUUAGGAUUUUGUUUGGAAGGAGAAGCGAAGAUACUUGUUUACGAA